UUUUUAGACAAAACUUUAAAUUUUCCGGGAGCAGGUGUUUUCCAAUACAUCACGUUCCGAGCUUCUGCUGCAACCGUUUUUUCGUUGUUGAUUGCAGCAAUUUACGGACGUAGAAUUAUUGUAUUACUCAGAAAUUUGCAAAUUGGCGAAACUGUCCGUAACUUGGGUUUACAAGGUCAGAUGGAGAAAAAAGGCACACCCACAAUGGGCGGCUUUAUUAUUUUAGCUUCAUUGCUGAUUCCAGUUUUGUUAUUUGCACGUAUUGAUAAUGUCUAUAUUUUGUUGCUGAUAAUUGCCACGAUUUGGACGGGAAUGAUUGGUUUUGCAGAUGAUUAUAUUAAAGUUUUCAAAAAAGAUAAACAAGGCUUAAAAGGCAUUUUUAAAGUAGUUGGACAAGUUGGGCUUGGCUUGAUUGUAGGGCUUACGCUUUAUUUUAAUGACAAUGUAAAAGUUAGAAUUUAUGAUAAAAUAAAAGUUGGCGAUGUACAAACCUACUCAGAUAUUAGCCAUUCGCUAAUAACAACAGUGCCAUUUUUUAAAAAUAACACGAUUGAUUAUGGGAUUUUAGGGCAGUUUUUGCCAGAAAGUUUAGCUUGGUUGCCUUAUGUGUUGAUUUUUCUAACGGAGCAAAUAUUACAGACGGAAUUGAUGGUUUGGCAGCAGGAAUAUCGGCAAUUAUUGCCU